GCUUUUUUUUUUUUGGGUGCGGGGCGUAUGGGAGGUUCUGGGUCUCGGCGAGUCAUUAUGCAACCGCAGCCAACGGUAUAAAAGCCCCUCGGCGGCCCUCAUCUGGGGGAGCUGACUUUGGCUGUUUGCUAACAAGAAGCAGAAUGCUGCAAUACGUGGUGUCCCUGUGUUUCCUGGCCCUGGCUUGGGCGCAGGACUGCCAAGUGGCCAACAUUCAAGUCAUGCAGAACUUUGACAGGACCAGGUACGCGGGGACGUGGUACGCAGUUGCGAAAAAGGACCCCGAAGGUCUGUUCCUCAUCGACAACAUCGUGGCCCAGUUCAUCGUCGCCGAAGACGGCUCGAUGACCGCCACCGCGAAGGGCAGAGUCAUCAUCCUCAACAACUGGGAGAUGUGCGCCGACAUGAUCGCCACCUUUGAGGAAACCCCCGAGCCCGCCAAGCUCAGGAUGAAGUAUUGGGGAGUCGCGGCCUACCUGCAGACUGGAAAUGACGACCACUGGGUCAUCGACACAGACUACGACAACUACGCCAUCCACUACUCCUGCAGACAGCUGGAUGCGGACGGCACCUGUCUGGACAGCUACUCCUUCGUCUUCUCCAGACACGUGACGGGUCUGAGGACGGAGGACCAGCCCAUCGUCACCCAGAAGAAGAACCAACUGUGCCUACUGGGCAAAUACAGACGCGUGGUACACAACGGUUUCUGCGACAGCAGCAGUUGAUCUAUUCCCGCUGAGGGACUUUCUCAUUGAAGCCCCCGCGAGAGGGAUUGUGCGCCCCGCACCGGAGCUCCCUCGACUUUCCGUGUUCAAACGAAAGACAGCCUUUUCCUUUAUAAAAAAAAAAAAAACAAAAAAAACAGAAAAUGUCAAAAGCGUUACAUUUAUGAAAUCACAUCUUCCCAAAUGUCUUUAAACACUCGCAUCCUCUACCGCAAAAAGCUUCUUCCUAUUACUUGCAGAUGCAAGCUUCCCCAUUGCAUCAGCCCCCCCCAAAUAUAUAUAUUGAUAAUAUACCAUAUGUUUUUCAAGUGAGGCUGAUCUCUCAUCCGCAGGAGAAUACCUCUGAAGAGUCUACCUGCAAUGUUUACAAGUGGGGAGAGGGUGGGGUGGUGUUG